CACUUGAUUCAUGUGCAGUGGAAUCAAUGUGAAUUAAAGUGCUCUGUUACAAAUUAAGUACAAUUUUGACUGGAGAAGAUCAAUGGGUGGGGUUUGAGAAUCUGAGACGGUACAAUCACGAAUGUUAAUCAAAUCUACAUAUAUGAGGGCUUAGCCUGCUUCACGUCGGCUUCAGUGGCACAAUGUAUUUUUUUCAAGUAUUCAGCACGGGGUUUAAAUUAAUGCAGCGCUUCAGGUUGACCCUGGUGAAAUGUAGCUAACCCAAUUCAAUCUCCGAUCAAAAAUGUUUCGGGAUUCAAAAACAAGAUAAAAAACAAAACUUGUUAUUAGCACAGACUAUUAUAUGCCCCAUACUUCAGGAGUAUAGCUUAAUCACGACCGUUCAUGCGUAUUACAUUACAUUUUGGAUUCACAAGCAUUGACUUAAGUCCGUGCGAAAGAGGCCAGUCUUUUUUGUGAUUUAAUUAACGAACUUUCAAAUUACUUUCCGCGAGCAACAACAACAACGCCAUGACCCGGUGUUUGUAGAACUCUCGCUACGGCGCGUUUCCCAGGGCGGUUCGAUUCUGGGUGGACUCUCCAAAGCCUCUGUCGCCCGUGGUUGAGAGCCUGGAACAAGGGGAUUUGACGGCGGACCACAGCUUUGCGACUCGAGUGUACGGGCACGCAACAGAGUGGGGCGCCUUGAAAGGGGCUCCCGUGGUGGAGGGAGGUGUCAGUUUGGCUCUUGGCGGCUCGCUGCAGUCUCCUCCGCCGGGGGGAACGAGCCAAGGGGGCCCCUUUGGAAGAAGACGGAUUCCGGAGACGUGUCGUGCGGCCGGUCAAGUUCCAAGGAAUAUGCGAUGGUGACGGUGAUGAUGAUGGCAGAAGUGGGCGGUGGUGAUGAAGAAGAUGGUGUCAAUGUUCGUGGUCAUGAUGCUGACGGUGGUGGUGAGGACAUUGAUUUUGCCGACAAAAUCAUGAAUGUUGCAGAGUUUGAAAGAAAUCGCAGUGGUGAAGUUCGUGACGACGAUGAUGGUGGUGUUGGUGAUGACGAGCUCAGCGACAAUAGCCUUCAUUCCGGCGAGUGCGACAACGUCAACAAUGACCCUGACAUUUUUUUCAAAGACGACUUCAGCGUCUCUUCCGUCGAAACGCGCAACUCGCCACCCGCCGACGCGCCAGCUCGAUCCUUCUCCACCAUCGCGUCGCGCAGCAGCGCAACACGACCAACGGGGAUGGAGGAGACGAAGGCGGAUCUCGGGCACGGGAGAGGGGCCUCUCGUGGGGAUUUCAAAGGCCGUGCCCGCGGGCCCGUGACCCAAGAGCUCGCGCCGCCGAGUCGGUCGGGCCGGCAGGCUGCGAGGAACCGGGGGAGAGCAGCAGUUUAUUGGAGCUCUCCUCCGCAGAGACCCCGAGGCUUGGCGAGGAGGCGGAGCAAGAAGUCGGCAGGAGCGGGAGCGCCCGUGGAUGAUCCGUGGACUGAGUGGGUGUGCGAGCAGAUCGAGGCGGCCGUGGAACACGAGCUGGUGGAGGAAGGAGGUCACGUCCCAGACCCAAUCUUCAUGCUCUAGGCCAGUGUUUUUCUCUAAUUUCCAGAGGUGGGGGGGGGGGGCUACUUUCGCCAAUAACACAUCAGUGUGAUGGUCGCCACGUAUUUAAAAUUAUUGUGAUUUUCCAGCACGAUGAACAUUUUUCAAAUUUGUAUUGUCGGGGGCUGCCCGUUAGGGGCCACACUAAAGGCCAUCAGGGGCCAUCAGGGGCCACCAGUGGCCCCUGAUGCAAUGUAGAACACUGCUCUAGGCAAUCAUCGGCACCCUCACCGGUUGCAUUCAAUAAUCGAUUAUUACGAGGGCUUCUGCACACCGGUAUGAUUAUCUGACCAUACUUCACCAUUCCAAUCAGUGUGGUUUGAAGGCAGGGACCAAACGUGGCGAUCAUAAAAGUGCAGUAGAACAGUGGCUAUUGCUGCAUGUAGCCCCAAAGCCUUUAACAAGCUGGUAUGACCACCUAUUUAUCACUAUCCAGCUCAAGUCUGCUUGGCUUCUGAGAUCGGGUACAUUCCGGGUGAUUGUCACAGGUGGCAUUAAUAUACAUGGUAGAUAUUUAAUUACAUUACUGCAAGGUAGACCUUAUAAAUGCCACAUGAGCAGACGGCCAUAGUAGGUAUACAAUAAUACGCGAGUUUUUUUAUGUAAGUUUAUUCUGUAAAUGUAAUGACGAUCUGUACAAAAUCGGAAAGCGUCUUAUAAUGCCCCGUACGUUCAUGUGCUCAAUUAAAAGCACACCAGGGUACAAUAUAUGCACAGUACAACGAUGGACUGCAGAUUUGGGGCCUGCAAUCGAAUGAAGUUUCAAACUAGUAUUAUAUAUAUUUUUUUAUUUUCGCGAACGGCAUCUGCAGCAUCUGGUUUAAGUACGGCAGCGCUGACGACAGUUUCACACAUGAGUGGCCACUCUUAUCCUUGGUUAGUUUAUAACAUGGAACACACAAGCCCGAAUGACUGCCACCAGAAAUGUGUGACCUUGUAAAGUGAGCGGUAUAUUACAACACAACAUCGCGAUAGCAUGUGCAAAAAAAUAUAUACUGUUUAUACGUAUAUCACAGCGAAAUUGCUUUUUCUCAGGCCAAGCAAAUGUGUGGAAGCAGACAAGCGAGCGAAUGAAGUUGUGUAUGCACGAUGAAUUAUCCUCCACCCCAUUAGACACUUUACACACAUUACUCAAUCAAGGUACAACGAAGCAGAAAGAAAAACAAACCAACCUACUUUUCGUUACUCUGUUCAAAGGAAUAAACACUUUGCAUAACUA